AUGUCCUGCUACAACCCGUGCCUGCCAUGCCAGCCCUGCUGCCCGACCCCGCUGGCCAACAGCUGCAAUGAGCCCUGUGUCAGGCAGUGCCAGAACUCCACCGUCGUCAUCGAGCCCUCUCCCGUGGUGGUGACCCUGCCCGGACCCAUCCUCAGCUCCUUCCCGCAGAACACCGUUGUGGGAUCCUCCACCUCCGCUGCUGUUGGCAGCAUCCUCAGCUCUCAGGGAGUGCCCAUCACCUCUGGGUGCUGUGACCUCUCUGGCAUUUCCACAAGUGAGUUGGAAGCCCUGUCCUAG